AUGUGGUUUUUCGGUAACCAGCUCACUGGAACCAUUCCUACAGAACUCAGCCAAAUGAACAGCCUAGAAACAGUUUAUCUUUAUGAUAACAUGCUCAGUGGCACAGUUCCAGAUGGCUUUUGUGUUUCUGAGACUCUGCGGAUAGACUGCUCAGUCACAUGUGCUGACAACAGUUGCCCAUGCACCAAUGUGGAUGCCCCUUGUCCUGGCACACCAACACAGCCAACUGAUCCACCAGCAGAAUCACCUGACCCACCACCAGGUGUCUGCUUUUCACUUGCCACCACUGUUCAAGUGAAAGAUGUGGGACCUGUUGCUUUGAGAGACUUGGAUGUGGGUAGUGAAGUCCUAACCAAUGCUGUGUCAGGUACUUAUGAGAGAGUCUAUGCCAUUGGCCAUUACAACACCUUGUCAUCAACUGAAUACUUGCAAGUUUCUUGUGCUGAAGAUGUAUCGCUUGGUUCUCCUCCACUCAAGAUUACUCCGAGCCAUUUUGUGUAUUUGAAAGGCAAACCUCAUCCAAUCCGAGCAGAUGAACUCAAGGUGGGCAAUGUCUUGGCAGGGUGCACCAUCACUGCUAUUGGCACAACCACAAGCAAUGGAUUCAUGUCUCCUUGGACACCAAGUGGAAAAGUUGUUGUCAAUGGGAAGUUCUUGGCAUCCAUUUAUGCAGAUUAUGAGGAUUCCAAGGUACUGUUUGGUCCCUACAACAAUGCUGCACAGCAUGCUGGUGUUGCUCCCUUUCGACUCUACUGCAAUCACAUUGCACCAAAGAGUAAAUUCUGUCUGACUCAUUCUGAAGAAGGCAUUCCCCUUGGUCUACAUUUCUGGAAAGACUUGUUUGGCAGUGCUGUUAAUCAGCCCAGUUUGUUGAUGAGAGCAGUUUGCUUGUUUGGUUUCUUCAUGAUUGCAGGUUUGUCCUGGAUCAUUGAACGGAUGCUGAUGGUACCUUUUGUGUUGUAUGUUGUGGUCCUUGGUACCAACAUGUCAGGCCUUUUGAAGCCAAGGAUUGGAAGUAAGUAA